AUGGACAGAAAUUUCAGAGCUAUCAUAAUGGGGAACAUGAUCAGCAGCAUUCCAAUGAGCCUGAAAUCGAGUCUGGUGGCCCCAGCUAUACUCGUAUCUUUUGUUGUCUGGGACCUUCUUGAACAUCGAGAGUCGUUGCGGAAUAGAGCUAAAUACAAACCAUUCCCUAUCCCUGAACCGUCAGAACGACGACAUCACCCGUCGGAUGUGAGCGUCGUGAUACCCACCGUCGACCACGAGGACACAUUUGCUGACUGCAUCUGCGGCGUCCUAUGCAACAGUGUCGGGGAGAUUAUCAUCGUCACGACCGAGGCAGAGGUUUCCAGAAUUGAAAAACUCUUGCAAAACGACCGGAUACGAUCUUUGCAAGGAGCUAUCCAAAUUCAGGUCUUGACCGUGGUGGCGGCACACAAACGGGAUCAGAUUGUGCGUGGGGUGAAUGCUAGCAGAGGCAGUAUCAUCGCCCUUGUCGAUGAUGACGCCUAUUGGCCUCAUAACAAUGUUUUGGUUCACUUGUUGGCUCCAUUCCAAAAAGAAGACGUUGGCCUUUCGGGUGGUGCAGUAUUUUCAUACCUUCCAGAGGGUCGACAGAAUUCUAAAGUCAUCACUGCAUGGGAGGUUGCCGCCAUGCGUCUCAGGGGCAAGCGUCAUGACAGCAUGCAGAGUGCAUACGCGGCAGAUGGAGGAACCAACUUUUGUGUUUCUGGUGUCACCAUGUUAUUCCGUGGCGAGAUCGUGCGAGACUCUGAAUUUCAGCAUGCAUUCACAAACGAGUAUUGGAUGGGUGUACGCCAGAACAGCGGUGAUGAUGGGUUUCUCACUCGAUGGGUCUUGUUCUACCAUCUACUGCGCCCGCCUUGCCGUCAGAAAGAAGUUACAAAGACAAAACCUCGACCAUGGACAUUAGGAAUCCAACUGAUACCAGAGGCGGAAGUCGGGACCACCCUGAUGCGUGAUUCGCGCUUUGUCGGACAGGUGAAGAGAUGGUACAGAAGUGGACUGAGGCACCGUUUGCUCUGCUUGCUGUACGAACCGGGAUACCCAAGUAUGCGGCGGACGUAUCCAUUCAUGGCUCGGAAGAUGGUCGAGGGAAUGCUGAACCCUAUCUUAUUGUGGGUAAGGCUGUGGGCAAUAUACAAAACAGCGUGGACAGUUCCGCAACUGGCAUUAUUCCUUCUGGGUUGGAAGACAUACAACUAUGCCCGUGGCUUGCUUGCCUUUGCCAAAGAAUACCCUUUCACGAGGAAAUAUCUGUGGGCUGCUAUUCUCGUUGACAGACUCUACCUCAUUUCUGACUGGUACUGCUGGGCUACAUUAGGCUCAGAAGCAUGGUUGACCAGGGCGAUCGUAGAUGAGGCCAGUCCAAAGCUUGAGGUCAGACAUGUUGUUGACAAAGAGGACUAG